AAGAGGAUGCUCUGAGGGAAUUUCAUCAAAUGUUCAAGUUCUUCUCUUAUAAUGGCUGCCCAAAGAGUUAAGAGUCUGACUGUUGAAGAGAUGCUACAAAUAUUAGAGAACACAGACGAUGACGAGCAGUAUCAAGAAUCUCCAGGUUCAAGUCAAGAAAUUAGAGGCAGAGAUGUAGUACAAGUCACGAUUUUCCCUCCAGAAGAUGGUAAAGAAACAGAUGAGGAUUCAGAUGAUGAAAAUACAAGAAAUCUGAACCACUUUACUCCAGCUCAGCUAGUUUCGGAAUGUGAGGUAAUAGGUGAGGUUAGAGAGACGGAAGCAACUAGGCAUGGACAUACAGAAUGUAACAAAACAUCAAGGAACAGAAAAAAAGAAAGACAGUGGAAAAACAAUAUAGAACUGCCUAAACUAACUGUAUUGGAACAAGAUGUGCCAGUAAAUGAUACAUUGGGUGAUGUCAUGACACCUACUGAUUGUUUUGAAAUUUGCUUCGACGAGUCACUAGUAAAGAUAUUGGUAGACAUGUCAAACAGAUAUGCUUUUCAGAAAAAUCACGGCUUAAAAGUAACUGUAAGUGAGAUGAAAGUGUAUUUAGGAAUUCUUUUGUUGACACGAUACCUUAUUCCCAAGAACAUACGCCUUCUGGGGGACGUCUUGGCACAGACUCGCCAGAAAAAAAGGUCCUUUGGUGAAUCUCCUUAA